AUGACGUCUACGUAUCCGCUGAGUUGGAAAUUGGCGGAGGUUAUACCUUUACACAAAGACGGUGAUCCAGAUAUUGCCCCGAACAAUCGACCUGUAUCAUUACUUUCGAGUUUGUCAAAAAUGUGCGAUAAAGUAGCAUUAAAUCAGUUUACAGAUUAUUUGAUGGAACAUAAAUUACUAACGAAACAUCAAAGCGGCAAUCGUAAGUUGCACUCUACCGAAACACUCAACAUCGCUGUAACAGAUAUUUUAUUGGAGGCAAUAGAUAAGAAGCAACUAUCGAUUAUUAUAUUUUUGGACCUAUCCAAAGCUUUUGAUAGUGUUCAAUAUGAUAUCUUGUUAAAAAAAAUAAUGGACUUAGGAGUAACAUCAGAAGUCCUCAAUUGGUUCAAAAGCUACUUGUCUAAUAGAUCACAAUAUGUUCGUAUUGGUACUGCAACAUCGACGUGUGCUGCCUUAGAGCAUGGAAUUCCUCAAGGCUCAAUGCUUUCGCCAUUUCUUUUUAAUAUUUAUACUGACAGCCUGCCAUCAACCACUAAAUCAUGUAAUCUAGAAUCAUUUGUGGACGACUCGAAAACUUUUCUAACUUUCCCGUAUCAAUCAUAA